UUGACGUCUGGCAAUCGUUCAAGUUUGGGCAGGCGAGAAGGUGCGCAGAAGUAGCGAACUCCGGAAUGGAUCUCUUAGCUAAUUAUGAUGACGAUGGAGAUAAAUCACAAAGCUCUAGCAGUAAUAAACAAGAUCCGGUUGAAGUGUCAUCCAGUCUGCAGGCUGAAUGGGAAUCUUUUGAGAAAAUGAUCUCAGGUUUAAAUGAAGACACAGAAAAGCCAACAUCUGUAAAUGAAUUCCUACAGGCCGGAAUAGUGGCAUAUCCAGGCUCAUUCAAAAACAACACAGAAAAUGAAAAGGAUGGUAAAGGAUCCUCAAGUUCUGAGGAAGAAGCAGAAGGUCCCAAAAAGUCCAGAUCUUUUGCUGAAGAUGUAAUGAAGCUGUUCAGAUCGGAAUUUGUUGAAGAGGAACUAGAUAUGCCUCCCAGAGCCAGGUCCUCAUCACACUCCUCUGGAUCCACCCACAGCAGUAGAUCUGCCUCAGCCUCUCCAUCUCCUGAUAGAGAGGAGGAAAAAGAAGAAGAGCAGGAGGAGGAACCAGAUAAAGAAUCCAGUAAAGAGGUUAAAGAAGACAGGAGGCAGUCCACAGAGGGUCACUCCAAUAGGAAGCGGUCUAGAUCAAGGUCAAGGUCACGUAACAGAAGGACUUCACACCCAAGAAAAAAGUCUCGAUCCAGUCGCUCUAGAUCGAGAUCAAGAAGGAGGAGUCGAGACAGGAAAGGCAGCUCAUCACGCAGGAGACACAGGCGCAGCAGAUCUCGAGACCGAAAACAUAGAAGGCAUUCCUCUAGAGACAGACACAGACACAAGAAAGAUAGGCGAAGAAGUCGAAGCAGGGACAGACAUCGUAAAAGGAGUCACAGGAGUAGGUCUAGACACCGCAGCAGGUCACCACCACACAAACACAGGUCUGGAAAGAGCCGUAGUCGCAGUAGAGAUAGGGGUCAUCAUCCUGCUCCAUCCUCCUCCAAACCUGAGGGGGAGAAGCAUUUGACUUUCAAGGAGAAGAUGAGGCAGCAGUUGCUGAAAGCCAGCAAAUACUUACAGGCAGGGGAAGGAGGGCUAGAAGUGGAUGGAACUCCAAAGGAAAAACCAAGCAAUCUUCCAUUAAGUGAUGGACAUAAACGAUUUUUUGAGGCUUUGGCUUCAUCCACACAGUCCAGUGUGACUCCACAGAUGGCCCUCUUACACACAAUGGCAGCAAUGCACCAGAAGGCUCAAGAAAUGACAGGUGUUGCUGUUCCUAAAUAUUAUAACCCUGCUGCUGUGAAUCCUCUGAAGUAUGCUGAGCAAGUCCAGAAAAGGAAGUUAUUGUGGUCAAAAGCAAAGGAACACAAAGAGGAUAAGGAAAAGGAAUGGCAACAUACGGCCUUUAAUCAGGAUGAAAAUGGAAAGAUAGCUACAAAAUUUAAAAAGUUGAUGGGCUUGAAAGAGGGAGCAGAUGAUGGUACUGGUAGUGCCCCAGAAUUGACAGAGGAACAGAAGAAAAAACGAGAGGAGCUUUUCUCGAGACUAGAUAAAGACUAUGAGUUUGCUCGCAUGACAACUCACACACAGAGGGGCGUAGGUUUGGGGUUCUCCUCACAGGGAAUCCAACCUCCGUAAUAAUGUUCAAUAUCUGUACAUAUGUCUCGACAUUCUUGUGACAAUCAUGAAUCUGGAUCUUGAUCCAAGAAAUGAUUGUCCUUAAUCCUGAAUUUUGAUAUGUGAAUUUAAUCUAUCCAUGAAGUGAACCAGCUACUUGCUUACUGUGAAACCCUGAGCAGAGCAAAAAGAUUUUGAAAUGAUCUGUGAUAAUCCUGUGUUUUGGACCCAGAGUAUUUCUGGGAAAGGAAUAGUUGUUGUUUGAUAUGAACAACAGUUAGUGGACUGGGUAUUUGUAUUUGUUUCAUUUAGAAACAAACAAGUAUUGUUUUUUAUUAAAAAAAAUUUACUUGCAGAUUGA